AUGUUCCUCCAACCUCGGGUUGAUCCUUCCCUUGGCCUCACUAGCUCUUUCUGGAGAAACAACAAUCUCGAUCAUCAGCCAGCAGCUCAUCAACCACAAAAUGGAGGAUUUGUAUUCGGCGAGCACCAAAACAGUGGGAUCCAGGAACUCUACCAGAGGCUCAGGUCCUCAUCUUCAGCCAACUAUUGCAGUGACGACUCGUCAUCGCUGUUUCUAAGCAACAUGGCUUCUUCUUCUUUAUCAUCAUCUUCCUCUGUAGCCAUUGUAGAGUCAACUCAAGCUAAUGGGAGUGGAAUUGGAUUGGGGUACUGGAACCAACCUCUUUUCUGGUCUGAUCUUCCCACGACCAAUGGAGAAUCUAUCAUCUUGGUAAACUCGGAAGUUAAUCUAGGGUUUCAGAUUUGAGGUAUAAUAAGAAGUGAACAUAGUGGGGGCGCGUGUGGUGGGUAGCAUAUGCAAAAGAUUUUGUUUGUUGCGAGAAAUCGAUGAAUGUAAAGUUAAAGCAGCCUUUGGAAAAGAGUUUCCUCAAACAGCUUAUUAGAUUAUUGUAAGAAUCUCAUCCUGCAGCCUUAUGACAUGGAAGUGUGAAGACUGAAGACUGAAGACGUACUA